AUGUACUCCAAGGCCUUCCUUACCGCCCUCUUCGGCGCCUCUGUCGUCUCUGCCCACGGCUUCGUCGAGAAGAUCACCGCUGGUGGCAAGUCCGUCGACGGUCUCAACCCUUCCAGCUACCCCUACGCGAGCACCAAGCCCACCACCCCUGGAUGGGCCGCCACCAACACUGACCUCGGCUUCGUCGCCCCUGACGCCACUGGCGACGCCGACAUCAUCUGCCACCGCGGUGCUACCCCCGGUACCUCCUCCAUCUCUGUUGCCGCCGGUUCUACCGUCACCCUCAAGUGGAACACCUGGCCCGACUCCCACAAGGGUCCCAUCAUGGACUACCUCGCCAAGUGCUCCGGCGACUGCACCUCCGCCACCAAGGCCGACCUGAAGUUCUUCAAGAUCGCCGAGAAGGGUCUGUCCGGCUCCACCUGGGCCGCUGACGAGCUCCUCUCCAACAACCUCGAGUGGACCGUCAACAUCCCCAGCGACAUCGCCGCUGGCAACUACGUCCUCCGCCACGAGAUCCUGGCUCUUCACUCUGCCGGCUCUGAGAACGGCGCCCAGUUCUACCCCCAGUGCAUCAACCUCGAGGUCACUGGUGGUGGCUCUGCCAACCCCACUGGUGUUGCUGGCACCAGCCUGUACACCGCCAAGGACGACGGUGUCAUCUUCGACAUCUACAACAACCCCACCAGCUACCCCAUCCCGGGUCCCGCUGUCUACUCCUCCAAGAAGCGCAGCCACCCCCGCGACCUCUUCAUCGUCGACUAA